CGCAGCACAUUUAGGGCAAAGUUUCACCUCUCUUCUUCUCUGCAUCUCUUCGUGGUUUUCCUAUAAUCCUUUCUCUCUAAGCGAGCAAGCGAAAUGGACAUCAGCGAAGAACAAAGGGCUUCCAACAAAAAAGCUUUCAGCGAAUUGUUCGACACAAACGAUAGUUUAGAUGAAGAUAUCAGAAAUAUGAUCCAGAACAAGCGCCAUCGUUUGAUUUUUCAGCUUUCUCACCUCUUUCAACGUGGAGCCGAGGAUUUGGCUCGAAGGCUGCUUCAGACCCCUAACGAAUACAUCCAGUCGUUGUCGGAUUUCAUAACUGAACGAACACGGAGCAUUGAUCCGAAGUUUCUGAAGGAAGGGGAGCAAGUAUUGAUUGGGUUUGAUGGACCAUUUGUUUCGAGGAAGGUUACGCCCAGAGAUUUGCUUUCUGAGUUUAUUGGUUCAAUGGUUAAAGUCGAGGGGAUUAUUACCAAAUGUUCUCUUGUAAGGCCAAAAGUUGUUAAAAGUGUUCAUUAUUGCCCUUCAACUACUCAGUUCACAUCCCGUGAGUAUCGAGACAUCACUUCCACCAUGGGUUUGCCAACAGGCUCUGUAUAUCCAACCAGGGAUGAUAAUGGCAAUUUGUUAGUAACUGAAUAUGGGCUAUGCAGUUACAAAGAUCAUCAAACAUUAUCUAUGCAAGAGGUGCCUGAAAAUUCUGCCCCUGGUCAACUACCAAGAACAGUUGAUGUCAUUGCAGAAGAUGACCUUGUGGAUUCAUGCAAACCUGGAGAUCGUGUGGCAAUUGUUGGAAUAUACAAAGCUAUUCCAGGAAAAAGCCAGGGUAGUGUCAAUGGAGUUUUCAGGACUGUGCUUAUAGCAAACAAUGUUUCUCUGCUGAACAAAGAGGCAAAUGCUCCAGUGUAUAGCUCUGAUGACAUAAAAAAAAUUAAGCAGAUAGCUGAGAGGGAUGACACAUUUGAACUGCUUUCAAGAUCACUUGCACCUUCGAUUUAUGGGCAUGCAUGGAUAAAGAAAGCAGUUAUUUUACUGAUGCUUAGUGGAACAGAAAAGAAUCUCAAGAAUGGGACUCAUUUAAGAGGUGACAUUAACAUGAUGAUGGUUGGUGAUCCUUCUGUUGCCAAGUCACAGCUUCUGAGAGCUAUUAUGAACAUUGCUCCUCUAGCAAUAUCAACCACAGGUCGUGGUUCUUCUGGGGUUGGAUUGACUGCAGCAGUUACUUCUGAUCAAGAAACUGGAGAAAGAAGGCUGGAAGCUGGUGCAAUGGUUCUUGCAGACAGAGGUGUGAUCUGUAUUGAUGAGUUUGACAAAAUGAACGAUCAAGAUCGUGUAGCAAUACAUGAAGUUAUGGAACAACAAACUGUAACAAUAGCAAAAGCUGGAAUUCAUGCAUCUUUGAAUGCUCGAUGCAGUGUGGUAGCAGCUGCCAAUCCCAUCUAUGGAACAUAUGACCGGUCAAUUACUCCAACAAAGAAUAUCGGACUUCCUGAUUCCUUGUUGUCACGUUUUGAUUUGCUGUUUAUUGUGUUGGAUCAAAUGGACCCUAUUAUUGAUAGACGCAUUUCUGAUCAUGUCUUGCGUAUGCAUCGUUUUCGAUCUGCCACUGAUGGAGGUGAUGAUGUGGCGUCAAUGUAUGGAAGAGAGGAUGAAGUUGAGGUGGAUGGUUCUAUCUUUGUGGAGUACAACAGAAUGCUACAUGGGAAAACAAAAGGAAAGAAACUUAAAGAUGAAGCUUUGAAGAUCAAAUUUCUCAAGAAGUACAUUCAUUAUGCAAAACACAGGAUUCAGCCAGAUCUUACUGAUGAAGCAUCUGAGCAAAUUGCAACUGCAUAUGCUGAACUCAGAAACAGCCAUGGCAAUAGCAGGACUGGAGGAACCCUUCCGAUAACUGCCAGAACCCUAGAGACAAUAAUUCGUCUCUCUACAGCACAUGCCAAACUUAAAUUAAGCAAACAGAUUCUGAAAUCCGACGUGGAUGCUGCAUUGAAAGUUCUCAACUUUGCUAUUUAUCAUCAAGAGUUGACUGACAUGGAAGAGCGUAGGCAAAAUGAAGAAAAUCAAAAAGCUGACAAUGAUGGAGAUAAUAAUAAUAACAAUGGAAGUGUCAGAAGAAAAAGAAAGCCAGAUGCUACUACUCAAACAGGGACUGAAACUGAACCAAUGGAUGUCGAUGAACCUCCAGUGGGACAAGGACAAACUACCUCAGCUGAGAGGAUUGCUGCAUUUAGAUCUGCAUUUGAGCAGCAUCGACAUGAAAAGCGGUUUGAGCAAAUAACAAUAACAGAAAUUGAGCAGGUGGUUAACAUUCGGGCAGCUGUACCUUACUCAAGGGCAGAGAUAAUCUCCCUUUUAGAGAGUUGGCGGGAUGAAGGGAGUGUAAUGAUAGUUGAUGAUGUUGUUUAUCCAACAUAUUGAAGUGAGAGAAUUAUGUUUGUUUUUGUUAUGGUAUUUACUAUUUAAUUACUGAGUGUUUUAUUAUCAACACAAGUGUUGUGUAACUUUAAGACACCUCAUGUGAAGUUAACAUCUAGUUUAAGUUACUUUUCAGAUAACUAA